UCGAUUCGUUAUAACGCAACCUCGUAUUGAAUCAGUGGUGUAAACAAUGCCUAAUUAUUCAUUAAACUAUUGUUUUAUAAAAGAUAUAUUUAUUCUAAAACGUAUGAUUUAGUUACGGUGAGUGCUGCGAAAUGUGAAGCGUCGACAGAUUCGCGAUAUUCUGACUUUACAAUCGAUUAUCGUUACAACGAAUAAAUUUUAAUGAAAUACGUAUCAUAUUAUCUUUUGAAUACUCUGGCGAAAGAAGAAUUAAUCAGUUUCUGAAUUAAGCUGACCUUGACUAUCAUUUUAUGUAUUCAGAAAGUGAGAGAGUAAAAUUUAUUCGUUUUGUUAGAACACAAAUUCUUCGAUCGAUAAUCGAAUAGGAACGUAAUAUGCACUCUAUGCGUAAGAAACGUAACUUUUUGAAUCAUAAUUACGUGUAAUCUUCGAAGUGAAUAAAAUGAACGAGUUCAAGAAUCUUGUCAUCCAUCAAUAUAGUUCUACAGCCAAGAGUCUUUGAUUGAAAUUCGAAGUCAAGGAAUUCCUUUUCGAAAUAGAAGCUUCGGGAAACAUCGGAGAUUCCCCCACCCCCCGAGCUAAUUCCCGAACGACGCUGGGUAUAGCGAGGGGCCGCCAUUCCUGUUGGAAAAAUUGGCGCAGUAAGACAUGUUCGGACAUGUCCAGACGCGUCGGUGUCUCGCGAUCAACGAGCAGUCUCUGAUUGGAAUUCAAAUAGAAGGCAAGCUACCGCCACGGAAUCGACGCCAUUACACUUGGACAACUUCAAAUGGUCUAAUAAGGAUUGGUACAGCUUGACGGAUCUCGAAUCUAAUGCUUGGAGACAAGUCGUCGCAGAAGUAAAUGGGUUUCGCUUCCAAAGAACACGAUUCUUCUCCGCAGACGGCUUUCGACCAUCGUAUUUCCUCGUAUCGCCUGAUUCACGAUUACUCGACGUUCACCGUUCUGGACGGACGUAAAAUUCAGUCUCAACCAGGAUAAUAGAUGCUGGCACUAAUGAGCACUGCAAAAUCUACUUUCUUGGAGAUCGACAAUGAUAAGUUUAAGACUAUCAUGAAGAUAUCAAACGAAGAUUCGAUCCCGCAAAAGAAGGAUCGUUCUGGGAAGGACGAGGAUGCUUCGAAAACGUUGCAACUCCUUCGAAUCAAAGGAUUCCCUCGAUUAUUACCAGAAGGGAUCCAAGCGUUAGCUAAUUAUUGCCGGUACCUUCGGGAGCUAUCUUUGUCGUAUUCAUUUCUCAGCGACGAAUUACUAUUAGCUUUGAGCUCUGAAAAAGAAAUACAACUAGGUACCCUGAGAUUGGAAGUGCAUCCGGAGACAAAGCCUUUUCCACGUGUCAGCGAUACAGCGUGGUUUACGUUUUCAAAUCAUUUACCAAACAUAAACCUAGUGCUAUUAUCUUACAUAACGAACGAAGACGAUCAGAGUCCGCUUUUCGCUCCAUACGUUCCUAUAACACAUUUGUACUUUGGAGAAGCACCAUCGGAAGCAACAAUGCUACGUAUCGGUUGCCUGUGCCCCCGGUUGGUCGAGCUAGUGAUUGCUGCUUAUGGUCCCGAAUUACUUGAUCGUGCACUGCUUUCUGUCGCCCAAGGUUGUCCACUCUUAAGCGCCGUUGGAUUGGGCGAUUGUGAAAUCACUUGCUCAGGAUUGUUGGAAUUUGUCACAGUCUGUGCGAAACACUUAAGAAUACUGUACGUUUGGGAAACGUCACUGAUAGAAGACUCCGGGCUCGACGUAACAAAAGUAUCGAGGAAGAUUUCGUUGCUCCUCGGUCGUACAUGGGUACCUGAAUACAUCCCGUUGUGCUAAAAGCUUAACUGUAAUCGAAUCAAUAUACACAUAUGAUGCGAAUACACCAAUGGCCGACAAUAGUUUGCACAUAUACUGAAAAUGUGAUAAUUAGACUUUACGGACAUACCUUUUCUAUUUUUUACAUGAAUUAAUUAUGUAAGUGAUUGUAUAAUUUCGAACUGUAGCGUAGAUAUUGUAUAAAAACUGCAGGUUUCCGAUAUUUUUAGGACUGCUAUUUACAAAAACCACCAAUAGAUUAGAAAUGUUAGUUUCUGAAACAUUGUUUCAGAUGAAUCUUUCCGUAUUUUUUCCUACAAUCCACUGUUGACAAUGGAUUAACAAUUAUUACGAAAAAAAAAAUACACAAAAAUGUAAUUCCUUUUGUGAAUUUGUACUCUUAUGUUAAUGUCUGCGUAACCCAAAGUAUUUUAUACAUUGGACGAGACUCCAAGAAAAAGAAUGAAAAAAGUCACGUAUUAUAAAAAUUGCUCGUGUCUGUUAAUACCAAAAAAUAUAAACUUUAUUAGAUUAUAAUGGUACUUUUUGCGUGUGGUGUAUAUAAAAUAAAAUAAUACCACUACUUAUUUAAACUGUCGCUCAUGGUAGAUAUGUAUAAUAUACAAUAAUUAUUAUAGUCUAUAAUGUUAUUGUAAUACAACAGACUAUGUACAUUAUUUCUACAUUAUAACACAAAUGAUUGGGUAUACUUAGUAUUACGAUAUCUAAUAACGUUAACAAUUAAUGUUCUUAUUAUUUAAUUUUUUGUUUAAAUUUACGCGAUUAUUUCGUUUUUACAUCUUGCCGAUGCUAUUCUAAAGAUGCGAAGCGCUCAGUCUUGUAUCCCAGCCGAUAUAUCCGAUCUCUUGUCUCAUUAAGGCCGAUUAAAAACCUAACAUUUGAACAAUUCACGCUCCGUUUACAACAAACAAUUUUAAUCUAUACAAAAAACUGUAUCAUUUUUCAUAAAAGUUUUACUGUUAUAACGAAUAACGUAACGAACAAAUGUUGUUGUAUUCUUAUGAACAUGAUAAUAUUUCCUUGUUAAAAAAAAACAGCAAUU